AUGGAUGAGCUGGCCGCACUUGGGGUGCGAGACAUGGAUCAUAUUUUGGGGGAGAUGCUGCUGAGUUGCUCCUAUCCGGUAUGGGAGGACUUCAGCGCCAAGGCCACCAAGCUGCACUCACAACUCCGAACCACUGUCCUUGCCGCGGUGGCCUUCCUGGAUGCCUUUCAGAAAGUGGCAGACAUGGCAACCAACACUCGAGGGGCGACCAGAGACAUCGGCUCAGCUCUCACCCGGAUGUGCAUGAGGCAUCGCAGCAUCGAGGCCAAACUCCGACAGUUCACAAACGCGUUGAUGGAGAGCCUCAUCACGCCUCUUCAGGACAAGAUCGAGGACUGGAAGAAGACUGCGAAUCAGCUGGACAAGGAUCACGCCAAAGAGUACAAGAGGUCACGUCAUGAGAUCAAAAAGAAGUCAUCUGACACCAUGAAGCUGCAGAAGAAAGCGCGCAAAGAGUUGCAGGUGUGCCCUCGCUCCCCAGGUCGUGGAGACCUGCAGCCUCAGUUGGACAGUGCCAUGCAGGAUGUGACGGACAUGUGCUUGCUGAUGGAGGAGACGGAGAAGCAGGCCGUGAGGAGGGCCCUGGUGGAGGAGAGGGGCCGCUUCUGCACAUUCAUUGGCUUUUUGCAGCCUGUGGUGAAUGGAGAGAUCGCCAUGUUAGGAGAGAUCACACACCUCCAGGCCAUUAUUGAUGACCUCACUGUGCUGACCACCGACCCUCACAAGCUGCCUGCUGCCAGUGAACAGGUGAUUAAAGAUCUGAAGGGCUCUGACUACUCCUGGUCCUAUCAGACUCCGCCCUCUUCCCCCAGCAGCUCCGGCUCACGCAAGAGCAGCAUGUGCAGCAGCGUCAACAGUGCCCACAGCAGUGCCUCCCGUUCGUCAGGAGGGGGCAGUAUUGCUGGGGGGUCUCUGCCUCACUCACCCACCUCUUCCUCCUCCUCCUCUUCGGUCCGGUAUCGCAGCAGCCUGCCACAGCAUCCUCAUCCACCGGGGGGCCUCGCAGCUCACCGUCUCAGCAGCGUCUCUUCACACGACUCGGGCUUCGUGUCGCAGGACGCAAACAUCUAUUCCAAGCCGCCCUCGCCCAUGCCCUCAGACAUCACCAGCCAGAAAUCCUCCAGCUCGGCUUCCUCAGAGGCCUCCGAGACGUGCCAGUCUGUCAGUGAAUGCAGCUCGCCCACCACUGACUGGUCCAAAGCAGGUCAGUACGAACAGCAACCGGUGGCGGCAGCAGCAGCAGCAGGGGUCCAGCGGAGGAAGGAGCCCCUGGACCGGCUGAGGGAGAGUGAGGGGUCGCCCAGUGCACAGGGCUACGCUGGGCCUUCGCACGCUGAGGACAUGCAGAGGGGCAGGAUGGGUGCGGCUGCUAUGGCUGGGAAGCAUGGGGAUGAGGUUUCACCUGCUGCCAGUGACCUGGCAAUGGUGCUGACCAGAGGUCUCAGCAUGGAGCAGAAGAGCAACAGGGACUCUCUGCAGUACUCCAGUGGAUACAGCACUGAGACCACCACCACCACCCCGUCCUGCUCUGAAGACACCAUCCCCUCACAAGGCUCAGAUUACGACUGCUACUCUGUGAAUGGAGAUACUGAGGGUACAGAUGGACAGACAGACUUUGACAAGUCCUCUACAAUUCCACGCCAUUCCAACAUUGCCCAGAACUAUCGGCGAAUGAUCCAGACCAAGAGGCCUGCAAGCACUGCCGGACUGCCCAGUGGAGUGCUGGGCCCUGGGGUUCAUGGGAUACCAGGGCAGCCUGGUGGAGCUGGUGGAGGAGGAGCUGGAACUCCUGGCACAGCCACCAUCCGCCGGACUCCCUCCACUAAACCUGGUGUGAGACGCACACUGUCCAGCGCUGGGCCCAUCCCCAUCCGACCACCCAUUGUGCCUGUGAAGACGCCCACUGUCCCAGGGGACUCGCACUCACCCGGGGCCGGUGCUGGUCACACCGGAGCCCCUGUGCGCACGGGGAGUGAGGAGUGUGUGUUCUUUGCUGGAAUGGAGGACUCACAAGGAGUGCUGGAUUAUGUAAAGGCAUCACCCAAGCGCCUCAGCUUGCCCAACACUGCCUGGGGAUCAGGGGCCGCUUUAGAGGUCUAUGCCCAGCAACACGGCCUGGCUAUGGGCACAGCAUCAGGAUUAGACGAGGAGCAAAUGAUCGCUGCCAAUCGACACAGUCUGGUGGAGAAGAUCGGCGAGCUAGUUGCCAGUGCACAUGCCCUUGGAGAAGGCCAGUUUCCUUUCCCCACCCUCCCUGAUGAUCCAGCCACACCACCAUCCGGCUCCGGUGAGGCUCAGACAGGGACAGAGGGAGCAGAGGGCAAUGGGGACAUGCUGACCACUAUCAGGAGAGGAGUCCGCCUCCGCAAGACUGUGUCUAACGACCGCUCGGCACCUCGCAUCUUGUGA